AUGUAAUCGUUUAGAAACAAAGAAUAUAUAUCUGAUUUAACAUUACCUUUAGUAACAGCGAUAAUUGUCUCUUAAAAAGAUUAAUUAGAAUUUUUAGGAUUUAUUGCUUCUCUAUUUUUAUCAAUAGCAGUUAGCACACCAACGAGAUUUAAAGAAUCGUAAAAGAAUAUGGGAAUGAAAUAAAGAUCUUAUUUAAUUGGAUGGAUUCUGUAUGGUUAUAUAAAAACUAUGAUGGUAUGAGGGUUAGAAAUAUUCUUUAGAAUACAAUAUCUUUAAUAUUCUUCUUGUGGUUAUUGACAUUGAUAAUAAAUGAUGGGGAUUUAUGGAUUUCAUACAAAAUCAUAUAAAAUAUUUUUAGUGUUUUUAUCGAGUAUUUAAAGUUAUUUAUCUAAAUAAUAAUAAUAGUUCAUCUCUAUUCUACUAUUGUAUGUCAAUAUUUCCAUAAUCUUCAAUUAGUUUUAUUUAUAUGAGUGCAUUAAAAAAAGGGUUAUUUAAUUCCAAGCUAUAAGUUCAGCUUAUCAAUUAUAUAAUGCAGCAUUGUAAAUUAGGAAUAGAAUCAUUUCUAUAUUUCCUCCUAUUUUUUAUUUGUAUCAAGUAUUUCCAAAUGAAUAUGGAGAUUAUUCUUUUAUUAGGAUUAUUUGGGAAAUCAAAAAAAUGUAUUUUGAAUGAUUCAUUAUUAGAUGAAUUCAUUCUCAUAAUUAUAAUGAGGGUUAUAGUAGUACCAGAAAUUAAAUAUAUGGAAAAAGUAUACAGUUUCUAUUAAGAAUUUAACAAAGAAAUUUGGUGAAUUUAAAGCUGUUGAUAAUUUAACAAUAUAAUUAUAUGAAUAGUAGAUUUUAUGUUUAUAAGGACAUAACGGUGCUGGAAAGACAACAACAAUUAAUAUGUUAACUGGAAUGAUUUAGAAAACAAAAGGAACAAUAAUAUUAAUGUGA